UUUUAAAAACGAUUCGUAGAGGGUGGAAGUGUAAAAAAAGAAAUGGCACCACACGAUCUCCGCCGUCCGUUUAAGAGAGCGGCGAUCUCCGAUCAGCAAAGACGAAGAGACUUAACGUUACAACGGCAGGAACAGAGCCGUCGCGAUGCUCAACAACAAGCACGUUGUCUAGCUUCUACUGUCCUCUCUCUCCAAUCUCAAACCGCUCAAGCUGAACAUGAACAUGAACCCGAACCUGAACUAUUACCCGAUAGACAACCCGAACCGGAUCAAUCUGGAGCUCCGGAGAUUGACGUCCGUCAAGCCUCGAGAAUGAAAGGAGCAGAGGCUAGAAAAUGGUUCGCCAGACAGUUAAUGCUACCGGAGUGGAUGAUCGACGUUCCUGAUUGCCUGCCUCAAGACUGGUAUGUAUUCGCCAGACCAGCUGGCAAACGAUGCUUCGUAGUCUCAUGUAACGGAAUUACAGUUAGUCGGCAAAGGAACGGCUCAAUACUGCACCGUUUUCCGUCAGCUUUACCUAAUGGAGCUAAAAUUAGGGAUUCAUCUGGUUCUUCUCAGUCUUACUGUAUACUUGACUGUAUUUUCCACGAGUUGGAUCAGACUUAUUAUGUGAUAGAUAUGGUUUGCUGGAGAGAUUACCCGCUGUAUGAUUGCAGUGCCGAGUUUCGAUUCUUUUGGUUGAACUCGAAGCUUGGAGAGACCGGAUCGUGCGAUCCUCCUAGUUCUUUUCAUAAGUAUAGAUUUUCUACGGUCCCUGUUUAUAACUGUGAUCAGAGUGGUCUUUGGUCAGCUUAUACUGGAGAUGUGCCCUAUGUAAAGGAUGGUUUAUUGUUCUAUAAUAAGCAUGCGCACUACCAAAUGGGAAAUACACCACUGGCGUUAGUUUGGAAAGAUGAGAAGUGUAGUCAGUAUGUUAUUGACACAGAUAGUAAAGGCGAGGUUCUGAGCCAACAACAGGUAGUUUUGGAGCUACAAGAUGAUGGCAGUCUAGUUGCAUCAGAUGAUCCUCCUGUGGCCUUCGGCUGCCUACAUUCAGAUUUUAUUCAACAGGAAGGGCUACGUUCAGGAAAUCUUGUACGGUUUUCUGUUUGUGAUGGAGGAUUGAGUUUUGCGGAUGGAAAGGUCAAGAAUGCUGAUCUACAUUAUCUUGGCAAGCCCAAUAAGGCACGUGCUUUUGCAGAUAGUUACUCAAAGAUUGUGUUCCAGCAUAUGGCCCGGCAUUCUCCUCUAAAAAUUGAUGAUCUUCUGGCCUCUGUUUGUUCAUCUGACAAUCAGCAAAGCAAACCUUGUGAAGUUGAGAUGAGUGAUUGAUGACAUUCUCCUCUAAAAGUAGAGUCUUCCAAGGGUUUCACCGGUUGCAUUCAAGACAUCAUUAUAUCUUCCAGCUCCCUCUCAUUUGUGCCAUAACAAUUGAAGCUCUGCUUUAGCUAUAGAGUUUUUGGAUGUAUAUCUAGUUAGUAACUUAUGUGCAAGUGUAAAACCUUACCCCACCAAAACCGGCAAACACAAAGCCUGGAGCAGAUUUUCUCUGUAGUUUUGUGUACAAAGUUUCAAUUUUUAUCAUGCCCUGUAACAGGCCUUUUUCUUUGUAAAAGCAUGUAUUAUUAAGACAGUAUCUCA